AUGCUUCAUUUGAUUUUACAAUUUUUUUCAGGUCUCUGUCUUGAGAAGUUGCCAAUUUCUUCUUCGGCUAGCAACCUCCAUGUGGACCGUGAACAAGAAAUUGUUACAUGCUAUGAGAAGGCUGGGGAUAUUGCUCUUCUGUACCUUCAGGAGACAGAAAGGGUAAUUAAUGCAAAUAUACAAAACAGAAGCCCUAAGCCAGGGCCCACUGCACAUGAACAAGAACUUGGUUUUUUCUUGGAAACAGGCCUUCAAAGAGCACAUGUUUUAUAUUUCAGGAAUGGGAACUUGACGAGAGGAGUUGGUAGAUUUAGAGAGUUACUAAGAGCUGUCGAAACAAGAACUACACAAAAUCUACGAAUGACGAUAGCAAGACAACUUGCUGAAAUUUUGUUACGAGGCAUGUGUGAACAGAGUUAUUGGAAUCCACUGGAAGAUCCUCCUCACCAAUCACCCCUAGACGAUCCACUUCGAAAAGGUUCAAAUACUAAGAAUUAUGCGCUGAGUAGAAGACCGCGGGUAUACACUGGAGAAAACAUCUUUUGUCCUCAAGAAAAUACAGAAGAAGCCUUACUGUUGCUGCUUAUUAGUGAAUCUAUGGCUAACCGUGAUGCUGUACUGAGCAGAAUACCAGAACACAAAAACGAUCGUAUCAUCAGUUUGCAAAGUGCAUCUGUAGUCUACGAUUUACUUACUAUAGCCUUGGGAAGAAGAGGCCAGUAUGAAAUGCUCUCAGAGUGUUUAGAAAGAGCCAUGAAGUUUGCGUUUGAAGAGUUCCAUCUCUGGUAUCAAUUUGCGUUGUCCUUGAUGGCAGCAGGAAAAUCUGCUCGAGCUGUUAAAGUUUUGAAGGAAUGCAUACGUUUGAAACCAGACGAUGCAACUAUUCCACUCCUUGCUGCAAAGCUCUGUAUGGGAUCUCUCCACUGGUUGGAAGAAGCUGAAAGAUUUGCCAAAACUGUUGUUGAUCUUGGGGACAAAACAUCAGAGUUCAAAGCAAAAGGCUACUUGGCACUGGGAUUGACUUACAGUCUGCAGGCUACUGAUGCAUCUUUGCGAGGGAUGCAAGAAGUCUUGCAGAGAAAGGCUCUUCUUGCAUUUCAGAGGGCUCACAGUUUGUCUCCAACGGAUCAUCUGGCAGCAUUUUACUUGGCACUGCAGCUUGCCAUAUCCAGACAGAUACCAGAAGCUUUGGGUUAUGUUCGUCAGGCUCUGCAACUACAAGGAGAUGAUGCCAACUCUCUUCAUCUCCUUGCUCUCUUGCUAUCAGCCCAGAAACACUAUCAUGAUGCUUUGAAUAUCAUUGAUAUGGCCUUGAGUGAAUAUCCAGAAAAUUUUAUAUUACUGUUUACAAAAGUCAAAUUGGAGUCCCUGUGCAGAGGCCCAGAUGAAGCACUCCUUACCUGUAAACACAUGCUCCAGAUUUGGAAAUCCUGCUACAAUCUCACUAACCCAAGUGAUUCCGGACGUGGGAGCAGCCUGUUAGACAGAGCUAUUGCUGAUAGACGACAGCUUAAUACGAUUACCUUACCAGAUUUCAGUGAUCCUGAAACAGCCUCUGAUACUUCCUCAUCUUCUCUCUCAAGAACAGAGUCUCCUCUCCAACUGUUUGUAUCUUCUCAUCUUCCUCAUCCUCAUCCUAAACCAGAUACCUUUGUCUGGCCCCCUGCAGCCUCUCCAUACUGUGACCAAGUUCCUGAGCCCUGUACACCUUCUCACU